AUGUGCGGCAUUCUCGGCCUCAUAUUGGCCGACUCGUCGAGCACCGACGCAGCGGUCGACCUGCACGAGAGUUUAUACUACCUCCAACAUCGUGGCCAAGAUGCUUGCGGCAUUGCGACAUGUGCAACUGGCGGCAGAAUAUUUCAGUGCAAGGGCAAUGGCAUGGCUUCGAAGGUGUUUGAAGACGGCCGCCGUGCCGCUGAUCUGCCGGGGUACAUGGGCAUCGCGCAUUUGCGAUAUCCGACUGCAGGGACGAGCUCUAGUGCCGAGAGUCAACCGUUCUACGUCAACUCCCCCUAUGGCAUCUGCUUUGCUCACAACGGCAACCUGAUCAACGCGCCCGAGCUGCGUCACUUCCUCGACAAGGAAGCGCAUCGCCAUGUUAACACCGACUCGGAUAGCGAGCUCAUGCUCAACGUAUUCGCCAAUGCCCUCAACGAGACCGGUAAGGCCCGUGUCAAUGUCGACGAUAUCUUCAGCUCCCUGGCCCAAACAUACCAGCGCUGCCAGGGCGCCUGGGCGGCCACUGCCAUGAUAGCUGGCUUUGGCAUUCUCGCCUUCCGAGACUCCUUUGGCAUCCGCCCCCUGAUCAUGGGCAGCCGGCCAUCGUCCACGAUCGAAGGCGGUACGGACUACAUGCUGGCUUCGGAGAGUAUCGCACUCCGACAGCUGGGGUUCCGUGACUUCCAAGACAUCUUACCCGGCCAGGCCGUCUUCAUCCAGAAGGGUGGAAAGCCCCAGUUCCACCAGGUUGUUCCUGCCAACGCCUACUCGCCCGACAUCUUUGAGUAUGUCUACUUUGCCCGCCCGGACACGAUCAUGGACGGCAUUUCGAUCAACAGCAGCCGUCAAAACAUGGGUGCCAAGUUGGCCGACAAGAUCCGCGAGGUGCUCGGCGACGAGGGGAUUAAGGAGAUCGACGUCAUUAUUCCCGUGCCAGAGACGAGCAACACGGCCGCGGCCGUUGUGUCGGAGCGUCUCGGCAAGCCCUUCUCCAACGGCUUCAUCAAGAACCGCUAUGUAUACCGUACCUUCAUUCUACCCGGCCAGAAAGCCCGCCAGAAGAGCGUACGCCGCAAGCUGAGUGCUAUGGAGUCUGAAUUCCGUGACCGUGUUGUCUGUCUGGUGGACGACUCUAUCGUCCGUGGUACUACAAGUCGUGAGAUUGUUAGCAUGGCUCGCGAGGCCGGUGCUCGCAAGGUCAUUUUCGCUAGCUGUGCUCCACCCAUCAAACAUCCUCAUAUUUAUGGUAUCGACCUCGCGACUCCGCAAGAACUCAUCGCCCACGAAAAGACACGCCAGGACAUCGCCCGCCACAUUAAUGCCGACGACGUCAUCUACCAAGAUCUGGACGACCUCAAGGCCGCCUGCAUGGAGGUUUCACCCGACGGCCGCGUCGAAGACUUUGAGGUCGGCGUGUUUUGUGGCCGCUAUCAAACCGAGGUCCCCGAGGGCUACUUUGAGCAACUCAACGCCAGCCGCGGCAAGAAGCGCAAGAUUGCUGAGCAGGCAUCCGCCGCGGGCGGUGAGGGCAACGGUAACGGUGGUGAUAGUGCUGCGCAGGCGGCAGAUGCGGUGGUGGGCAACGGUGGGCCAGUCAAUGUUGCCAAGCGGACGCUGGUGGACAACGGGGUUGACGGACCGGCUCCCUCCAAUUCGGGCAGCGCCGGUGUUGCCAGCAAUGGGCUAAGGCAGACAGAAGCUGUCUUGUCAGCCGAGGCAGCUCAUGGGGAAGACAAGAACGCGGGGAUGGCGAACCCGAAUAACAGGCAGGAUAUCAGUCUCCACAACUGGGCCACCGAACCUGCUCCCCAAUAA